AUGGUUUCACAACAGACUAAACAAAAGGUUCAAAAGCUCAUUAAAGAAAAACCAAUCUUUAUCGCUGCAAAGUCCUUUUGCUCAAACAGCGAUCAAGUAAAGAGGACAAUUGAAGAGAUUACCCACACUAGUACAACUGAAGAUGACGAUCAAGUUUACUCGAUCAACUUGGACCUUGUGGAUGAUGGACAAGAGAUUCAGGAUGCAUUGACAGAAUUGACUGGCCAAACUACGGUGCCCAAUGUCUUUAUUGGCGGCGAACAUAUUGGAGGAAACACUGAUGUCCAAAAAUUGAAGGCUCUGGGCGUGUUGGAUUCAAAGAUUAAUGCCGUUUUGUUGUAA